CCUUCACUUUUACCAGCAUGCUCUAAUAUAGGCAUGCAUAACUAUUUAACAAAUGUCUUACGAAAAAAAAAAAAAGAUUUUAUUUGGAUAAUUGACAUUAAAAUGUGUUUGACAUGGGUUUUAGGUCACAAACAAAUCUGGUCGUUUUAACGUAGACCCAAUAAACAUUACCUUUCACCAAACCGCCACAGUUUACAUUUCUAUUGCUGAUUUGCAUAUAUUAUUUUUUUUCACUUCUGCGUAAAAUGUAACAAAACACUAUCGAAAAAAAAGAUCUUAUCCUCACCUUUCACAUUUCAGACACGGAAACUGUGCAUUGUGCGCUGUGCAUACAUGCUUUGCAAACCAAAACCAGUUGAACUUAACUCGAGCUGAGAAAAAACUGUUGAUUGAGCGAUUGAUGGCCCAGUUUGAUUGGGGUAAUUUUAAAAUAUAUCAUUUACCCUCUGUCGCACGUCACAGUGAGUUGAGGUCGUUUUUCUCAACAUGUCGGGCAACAUUUGGACUUCAGUGUUUUGUUGUCAACACCACAAAGACAAAGAUGUGUCGGAGGAGACAGCCGGUGUUCAAACUCGGUCCGAACAGGACAAAAACAAACGAACACUUUCAAUGGACGCUAAGGGCAAGAGCGAGGCUGUUGUUAGUCAAGUAACGGGGGCACACGUAAACGCUGGCUACCUGUCUCCCGAAGGAAUCAACAUGUUUGAACAGAAGGAAACACAGUCUGUAUCACAGAGUACCGAUGUUGAAUCGGUGUACCAAAGUCGAAUUGCAGGUUUACAGGAGAAGUUGAGUUUUGCUGAAGCAAGAAAUAAAGAACUCUCCAUGCAUGUGGAUGGACUCCAACAUCUACUCAAUUCUUCUUUGAGGGAGACUGGGAACAGCUUGUCAAUAGCGGGGAUGGGAGAGGUGUCUCUGAGCGAGUCUGUGAGUGAGUCGGUGAAGCAGCAGUUUGAGACUGUGGAGAGGGAGAAGGAGGAACUGAAGAUGAGAGUGAGGCAGGCCAACGAGAGCGUCCGAGAUCUCAAACACGAAAUUGCUGUUUUACAGAAGAGGCUGCAGAGUGCAGAGAACCCCCACCCUCUUUCGUCUCACUCCCCCUCUCCUCGGCCCCCAACCCCACCUCCUCCUCCUCCCCCUUCACAGCCUGUCAACCCCCUCAGGUCUUUAUUUGUACUAAUUCAGAAGAGAAAAGAGACUAAAGCAAAGGACUCCAUGGAGUAUUUCGAAGAGCCAGUGGAGUUGAGAAGUGUUUCAUCAGGGAGUCACACUGGUGAAUCCUUCAGCUCGGCCUCCCCUCAACAAGCUCCGGGCAUGACCGAAAUGCUGAACAUGAUAAAGCAUGGAGUUUCAUUGAAGCAUGUGCCUUCCUUUCAUAAGGAGCACUCCAAAGACGAGCAGCUGGGCUCAGGGCGGAGUUUGAAUCUCGCUGGAGAAGGUGUGGAGCCUGAACUGGAAGGGAUCCUGAAGAGGAGAAAGCAGAGUACAGACAAUUAUAUUUCAGAUGGCUCGCUGGACUCUUUGGAUAUGGAUUCAAUGGGACGCUCAAGUCACAAGCCAGUGGAGUCUGUGGCAAUUACAGCUAUAAAGAGAAGCCCUGGCAAAGGCAAUCUAGGCUUCCUCUGCAGGAGAUCUGGGGAGGACCAGGCAGAGGGGAGCCCAGUCAGUAAAUCUGCAGAAGAUUUUGAUGAUGCUAGAAGAGCUAGUGCUGGGGAUGAGGGCAGUGCCAGCACCAUUAUCCCAGUCACAUUUCCAUUGGAUGUCAGUGAUGAUGGCUCCCCUGCUAAAUACACAGCCAGAAUCAUUCAGGGACAGCCUGAAAAAAUGCUUCCAACAGAAGAGAAAGGUCCAGAGGUUCACAUGGAUGAUGAGAUCCUUGGGGCCAUCCUCACUGAUCUGAUGACAACCUUGUGGAAUCAAGACUCCAUGGAACUUCAAGGAGAUGGUGUGGCCCAAGAGGAUGCCCAUCUGGAUAAGAAGGGAACCCCCAAAACCAUUGAGUAUCUACCCGAUGAAGUUUUGGGUUCUCCAAGUAGAGAUUGGCAGCAAGAGGACGAUAACUGUGACACAUCUAAGGAGUUGGAGACUGAACCUGUAAUCAAAACCGGUUCCAAAUUAGUAGUGGAGCAAGUGGCGGUACUUGCAGAUGAUCAAAGCCCAACGGUUGACCACGAAAAAGAUGGGUUUCAAAAUCCAAAUUCAAACCAAGUUGAGUUGAAUCCACAACAAGAUGACCAGGGAGUUGAGAAAGCCAAUGAGGUGGACCUAGAGAAUGAACCUUCUUUUAAGAUUGAUUGCUUUUCCAAAAUGACAGCAGAACAAGGUGCGGUCCUUGCAAGUGAAGGGUCUCUGAACCAAGUAGAGAAUGAACGACAAGGGGACGACCCACUUGAGAGUUAUCAAGAAGUUCGCCUGACUGAAACCUAUUCUAAUAUGAAGCUGGGGCAAUCAAAGAUACAAAAUGACCAAAGCCUAAAAGAUAACGAGGGUGACCAAAAUCCAGCUUCGAAUCAAGAUAAGAUGGAACCAGUUGUUGCUGCAGAUGUCCUAGUUCAUGGGGACAGCACUACUCAAUCAUCGAUGGACGAGUUUGUCCUAGACAGUUUUGACUCCCAGUCUCAACCAGCACUCCUAAGCCCAAGACCACAUGCUCAAGGUCUUUGCUCAGCUGGCAGUACGGAUAUAAGGGAUCUGGAACAAGACUCUUCAGAAGAAAGCAAAACUGAGAACCAUGAACCACCUGUUGAAUUCCAGUGUAGAAAGCAAGCUGUUAAAAACCUUACAUUAGUUCUAGGAAAAGGAGAUUUAGGUCCACCCAUAUAUUCUAACCAGCUUCAAAGUGUCACUCUACAAGUGAAUAAUCAGAACUUGAUCAGUCUUGAAAGCCAAGAUAAGGACAUGGUGGAUAACACGAUUUCAUUCUCUGUUGACCAGGAUGUACCUAAAUGCAGUCCAACUGAUUCACAGAUCUUCUUUUGCUGAUCUCCGACUUUUUUUUUUAAUGUUUUUACAGCUUCACUGUUUUGUUUAGUAUUUCCCAAGAUCAGUCAUCCUACUUUUUUUUCUCCUCCUGUUUCAACAUGUAUAACAACUUGUAUGAUCUGGGCAUGGACAAGAUUUUUAGAUCUCUCUUUAUUCUUGCCACAGAUUUAAUAUAUUGCAUGUACACGCUGUACAACUUUUCACUGCAUUGGAAACUUUUGGUUUGUGUACACUUUUAGUAGAUGAUUAUUGUUAAAUGUUUUGAAUAAAUUUUUUUUUUUUUUUCAUACAAAAUUUGAAAUGACUUCCUCUAUGUUAAAGAGGUUGCUAAUGCCAUUUUUUAAAGGCUUGGCCUGUUUGACUGACUUUCACACUUUGCGUUGGACAAGCCCAAUUAUCCUCCCACUGUAGAUUAAAAUUUGUCUGCAACAAGUGUUAGGAUCCCACUUGUUACCACAUUUUAUGUGAAGUGGCUCUACCACAAUGUGGUAGCAGCUUCAAAGUACUAUUAACACUAAUGGCGGGCGGGGGGAGGGGUUACACAUAAACGGGGUGAGAAAUGUUAUACUUAGGAAUAUUAAAAAUAAAUAAAUAAAAACCUAUUUUAAGAUCUGAUUUGCGAUACCCAUUUUGCUGCCUGAGCUGUAACAGAGUUUGAAGAUAACAUUACAACCAGUAUUGGGACAAGUAUUCAGACAGUGCUGGAAGUGCAUUUAGUUUGUGCAAUUGUUGAUGUGUUUUUCAAGAAAUCUAAUUCACGCUUAGUCAGAAGUGGUUUUGACUUUAAAGUUUUGGAGGGUUCAUAAUUGGAACCUUGGCCGCAAAGGUACCCUACUUGAGUAAACAUAAAUACACAUAGAUAUCCAUCUCUCUAACUCAAAGUUGCUCAUUCUAUUAGUCGACUUUUAACAAUGCUUUUUCAAAACGAAGUGGAGAGACGAAGCUCCUUAUUGACUGGUUUCCAGUGAGCUUUUUGUCUCCGAGGUUCUCAGAUGGGUACACCUGUGAUUAACUUUCCAACUUCAAAGCAUCCUUGUCUGUUUCCCUGACAAGAGGAAAGCAACAGGAGGGCUACAGUGUUCUGUCUUCAGCCAGGUCUUGACUCUGUCCAUCAGCAACACAUCCCCGAUUUAUUUUCAGCUUGAUUUGAAAUGUACUCCAGCAAUACUAUUGUUUUAUUUAAAAAUAUAUGGAAUAAUGUACAUCCAGCUGUGGUCUGCAGUGCUUUGCAUUUACUUCUUCCUCCCCUACCAAUCAAAACUUAAAAGCAGUAGCAAGAGUCUGGAAGGGCUGCCGAAAGAUAGCCAAACUAUAAUACGCGCUAAUCUCAACCGUUUCAUUGUGUAAUAAGCUUUUAAAAUGAGUUGUCAUGACUAAAUACCCUGUAUUUAAUAGACACAGGGUGAAGGCAUACCCUGUAAAAGUGUGUGGGAGACAAGCCUCAAACUAUGAUCCCUUCAAAUUAUGCUUAGUGCUUGAAUCUGCCACUAGAUGUCACCCAAAUACCAUGCCAUUAAUUAAAUUACUUGAUAAAAUGUAACCUGUUUGUGU